UAGUAAUUUAGGUCCAGUCAGCGUAAAUAAAUCAAAAGUAGAACUAACUUGGGUCGAAACUCUGUACCCAGAGGUGGACAGCGGAGGGAUAUAUUCUCCGCCUAACUGCACUGCCAUGCAUAGUGUAGCAAUCUUCGUACCAUACAGAGAUCGCGAAGAGCAUUUAGCAAUAUUUCUUCGGCAUAUACAUCCAUUCUUAAUAAAACAGCAAUUGGAAUAUGGAAUUUAUGUCAUAGAACAAUUAGGUAAUCGUGACUUUAACAAAGGAAUAUUAUACAACGCCGUGUUCUUGGAGGUGCAAGGGCUGAGCCCCGCCGGAUGGGACUGUUACGUUUUCCAGGACAUCGAUCUUCUGCCUCUGGACUUAAGAAACUUGUAUUCGUGCCCAAUAAACCCGAGACACAUGUCUGUCGCAGUUGACUCACUUGAGAAUAGGUUGAUGUACCGUAACAUGUUCGGCGGGGUAACAAUCUUGUCUGCGGCACAAUUUCUCGAAGUGAACGGCUAUUCCAACAUGUAUUGGGGCUGGGGCGGCGAGGAUGACGACAUGUCUAAACGUUUACGUCAUCGAGGAUACAUCAUAAGCCGAACAAACGCAUCAAUAGCCCGGUACACCAUGUUGCCACAUAAACGACGAAGACCCAAUCCUAAUAGGAUCAGAAUACUGAGACAAGCAAUUAAUAAUUACUUACACGACGGCCUAUCGAAUGUGAAAUACGAUUUGGUGGAUAUCGUAAGACAUCACCUCUACACUCUAAUACAAGUAGAUGUGGACAGAUAUGCCAACGACACAUUUAUUGUGGAGUCUACCACGGUACUGCCUAACGUUACAAAGAACGUCACGAAGAACACAACUACGAUUUCGACUACUUCAAGCUGAAGACAAAGGCUUUCACAUUAGAUAUUUGGCCGUAUUGCUGAAUUUAAAAAUCUACCAAAACCAAA